AUGGCGAGGACCCGUGGAGGAAAGAACACUUUUGUUCCGCCGCCGCGGUCGUUGCGAUUGACGAUGAAUACUCCAGAGAAAGACUCGAUUCAAACAAGAUCUGAAGCCGAGACGGUUGAGAUUCUGUCUGAUACUGAGGCGGAUCGAAUCGAAGAGAUGAGUGAGAAGGAUGGACCUGAGGCUGAUCGAAUCGAAGAGGAGAAUGAGAAGGAUGGUUCUGAUGGUACUGAGGCUGAGCGAUUCAUAGAGGAGAAGAAUGGGAACGAUGGACUUGAGGCGGAGCGAAUCAAAGUGGAGACUGAAAAGGAUGGUCCUGAGGCUGAGCGACUCGUAGAGGAGAAUAAGAAGGAUGGUCUUGAUGCGGAUCGAAUCGAAGAAGAGAAUGAGAAGGAUGGUCCUGAGAUGGAUCGAAUCGAAGUGGAGACUGCGAAGGAUGGUCCGGCUGAGCGAUUCGUAGAGGAGACAGCCAAGGAUCAAAACAGUAAGGCAGUUCCUAAACGUAAACGAAAAAGGAAGAUUGCUGAAGAUAUCGAAGAUGAUCGUGCCGUGAGUGGAGAUGAUUGUGAGGUUGUUGGUGAUGAAGACUGUGAUGAGGUUCGAUAUGCAGACGAAGGUAACCGUGAAGAAGAUCUUGAAGAUCAAAGAUGGAGCAUUGUAGCGGUUCCAGAAAGAUAUUGCGAGCCAAAUGUAGAUUAUGUAGAAGAAAGAGACAACGAUAAUAUUGGUAUAGAGGAAGAGAAUUUUGAUGAUUUUGAAGCUGAAUUUGGGUCGGAUGCGAGAGAGGACGAUGGAGACGAGAUUGAUGGAGACGAUAGUGGAGAUGAUAUAUGGGAUGAGGAGAGGAUUCCUGAUCUCUUUCAUAUAGUGACGAUGAUGAAGAUUGCGACGAAGAAUGUGCUGUUCCACAAGAUGAAGACCCGGAAGAGAUUCUGA